AUGGAUGAUUCCGGUUUGAUGGACUUUCCAGCUCAUGGUCCUCUUUUUACUUGGUGGAAUCAUCAACAGAGAACUCCUAUAGCGGAAAAGCUUGAUAGAAUUUUGGGCAAUUUUUACUGGUUUGAACAGUUUUCGAAUGCUAUAGCUACUUAUGAGGAACCUUUAUUCUUUGAUCACGCUUCUUGUUGUAUCAUAUUCCAAGAGAGAGGUCCUAAGCCCAUCAGACCUUUCAGGUUCAACCACCACUUAAUGCAGCAUGAGCAGUUCCUUCUCCUAGUUCAAGACAGUUGGUCCUCCAUGGAGGUCUCUGGAUCUCAAAUGCUGCAGAUAAACAAAAAGCUCAAACUCCUUAAGGGAAAACUUAGAGAGUUAAUCAGAUCAGCAUUCUCAGGUAUUGAGAACAGAGUGCGAGUAGCUUUAGCUGAUCUGCGAGCAGCUCAGAGAGUCCUCCUCACCUCUCCAACCCCAGAACUAGCCGAAGCCAAAAGGAAAACUUACCUUCAUUUGUAA